AUGACACCACGCAAGUCUUCUUACACAUUUAUUGCUCAAGCUGAAACAUUACUAAUCUAUGGUAUAUUUCUAUUCUUAACUGGAUUAGCACAAAUAUGUAUAACAAUAAGUCAUCGAUAUAUAACUGAAAGAACGAUUCAUCAGAAUAACAAUAUCAAUAUACUCAAUUUUUUUCCAACUACAUUAUCGAUGAAUGAUAUACAUCUGUGGUAUAUUUACCCAUCGGCCACAAUAACAAUCAUCCCAUUUCUUUCUUGUGUAACCUACACUUUAUUUAAACGACCAACUAUGCCAAUUCUUAUAUGUGUAUCAUCAUUGAUCAGUUUUCUCUUUUCAUCGAUUUAUGUUGGUCUUCUUGUUGUACAUACAUUACAAUAUUGGCAAACAAAUUCAUCAAAUAAUUCGAAAUCUAUACAACCUACAACAACAACACCAAUAACUACAACACAUGUACUUGUACCAUUUGAAGAACCAGCAACAUUUGAUAAUUUAGCAUUAUUAAUAACAUUCACAUUAGCUUUAGUUCAAGCUCUUCUAUCAAUGAUUGGAGCAGUUAUUUCUUGGCUUUGGUCACCAUGUUGUAUGAAUUCCUGGCCAACUUACACACCAAUUUCUACUACUUCACAUUAUGCUCAAACAACUCCACAUCGCCAUGAGACUCCUCAAUCAGCAACUUUACGUAGUGUUAAACGUCAACAACAACAAGAAACACAUCGAUUUAUAACAACAAAUGGACAUCAAGAUACACUACGUAAUGGUGUUCUUCAUAAAAACUCCACAAUUCGAAGUCAUUAUGAUGAUGUUUAA